GGCCUCGACAUGGCUGUUUGGGAAGUCUUUGUCACGAGUGCACUCAGACAAGGAAGAGCUUGGCUAAGCGGGGACGCCGUAGUGAUCGUUGUGUUCAUGGAGCGUGGGGCAGAGGCUGUCGUUGGGUCCCUUAGCAGCAGGGAGUUCGUUCGGGUAUAUUUGCUUGCAAGUGUUAACGCCGCGAGAUUCGGGUGUUGAGGGGAUCACAUGGUGGCCGCGUUCACCGUGCUGCGUUUUGGUGCCUUAACGUCCCUGGAGCGUCCUGUUGGUUGGUUUUUUUCUCUGACAACGUCGAUUUGCUUGAAAGCAACGAGAGGCCCGAUGCUGCACUAGCUCGUGACCCAGUCCGUUGAAUCUGUGUGCUGGAAGGCCUCCGGUGUGGCCGCAGGCUUUCAGGCCAGAAGGUCUGGCGGCCUCCAUGGUGUGGGAGACCCCGCUGUACCGAGUGGACUCCCAGUGCACCCAGGGCCGGACUCGGGAGAGCGGCUACUAGAAAACGAAAAAAACCUGUGUUAAAAAAGUGUUAAUUUCUGAAAUCAUAGCGUGAUUGUUUUUCCAUGGUUUCUAACUUAGGGGCCUGGCCUGGAGCCCCAAACUUUUCCGUGGUUUGUUAACUACUUGCUAGUGACAUUUAUCAGGGAAGCUGUCAGAGUGAGUCACAGUGUACCUCUUAGUACUUUUGUUUUAUUCCACAUUUCAUCUCAGCAGUUUUGUGUGUGUUGUAAGGGGAAGAGCCUGAUUGGCACUGAAUUCAGUUGCAGUCGGGGCCCCACGGUGUGUGUCUACUUGAUUGCAUGGUGAGAGGAGCUGGAAGGGGAAGGGUCUGCUGUGGGAUAGCCAGGAGUCUAACUCUAGAGUGAGGUUAACUGCUCGCUGUUACUUGCUUACGUCCAUGUGGUUUGAGUGUUCUCAAAGCCGUGAGUUUAAUUUCAUUAUUGAGCCUUCGUGUAGGCUUUUCUCAGCGUUUCCCUUUCCACAUGAAGAAGCACUCUGGACAGCGUUCUGUUCACAUCUUUCAGUUUGCUUUGUGGAAGGCUUCUGGGGUGGGGAGCCUGGAGGGGUGCCUCCCAAAUUUUCCCUUCUGGUUUAGGACUGCUCUGUGGUGAAAGAUGGCAGAGUGGAAAAGCUAUUGCUUUUGUGAUUAACCUGGGAUUACACUGGCAGUGUCCCCUCUCGUCCAGGACGCUGCCCUGGCUCUGGAGUUGGCGCCCUCCAGGUGCUGUCCCCCGGCUCCCUCCCUUCCUGCCCUCAGAGUUGCCUUUAGUGCCCUUGCUCUGUCCUGUUUACCGUUUACACACUUCCCAGGUCAUGAGGACUGAGUGGAACUCCCGAGGGACCAGACUCCCCACAGCCUGCCUCUGCGGGGCUCCUGGCUCCUACUUCCUGCAGGAGCCGAGUGUGGGACCGCCACCUGUUGCCUGUGGCAGGAGCUAGAGGGAGCAGUCAUUUGGAAGGAUGCAAAUUCUAUACAUACUUGACUCCUGACUUCCCACCUCCCCCGUUACAACAGCACAGUGCCCAUGACCCAGUUGCUGAUUCCUGUGGUAACCCAGCGGGCAGGCGGGCCUCUGUGCUUGAUAAAUGGCGGGCGUCAGCGUGUGUGCGUUUCCCCGCAGAGCAUCAUGGCGUCUGGGAGCACUGCCGCCAGCGAGGAGGAGCGCAGCCUCCGCGAGUGUGAGCUCUACGUGCAGAAGCACAACAUCCAGGCCCUGCUCAAGGACUCGAUCGUGCAGCUGUGCACGGCCCGGCCCGAGAGGCCCAUGGCCUUCCUCAGGGAGUACUUCGAGAGGCUGGAGAAGGAGGAGGCCAAGCAGAUUCAGAAUCUGCAGAAAGCUGGCACCCGCACCGACUCCAGGGAGGAUGAGAUCUCUCCUCCUCCCCCGAACCCCGUGGUGAAGGGGCGGCGGCGGCGAGGGGCCAUCAGCGCCGAAGUCUACACGGAGGAGGACGCGGCGUCUUACGUCAGAAAGGUUAUACCAAAAGAUUAUAAGACGAUGGCUGCCUUAGCCAAAGCCAUUGAAAAGAAUGUGCUCUUCUCACAUCUUGAUGAUAAUGAGAGAAGUGAUAUUUUUGAUGCCAUGUUUCCAGUCUCCUUUAUUGCUGGAGAGACUGUCAUCCAGCAAGGUGAUGAAGGCGAUAACUUCUAUGUGAUUGAUCAAGGAGAGAUGGAUGUCUAUGUCAACAACGAAUGGGCGACCAGUGUUGGGGAAGGAGGGAGCUUUGGGGAACUUGCUCUGAUUUAUGGGACACCCAGAGCAGCCACUGUCAAAGCCAAGACUAACGUGAAGCUGUGGGGUAUUGACCGGGACAGCUAUAGGAGGAUCCUGAUGGGAAGUACACUGAGAAAGCGGAAGAUGUAUGAAGAGUUCCUUAGCAAAGUAUCCAUUUUAGAAUCCCUGGACAAGUGGGAACGCCUCACUGUCGCUGAUGCCCUGGAGCCUGUGCAGUUUGAAGAUGGGGAGAAGAUUGUAGUGCAGGGAGAACCAGGAGAUGAGUUCUUCAUUAUCUUAGAAGGGUCAGCUGCCGUGCUACAGCGCCGCUCAGAAAAUGAAGAAUUUGUUGAAGUGGGAAGAUUGGGGCCUUCUGACUAUUUUGGUGAAAUCGCACUUCUCAUGAAUCGUCCUCGCGCUGCCACCGUGGUCGCCCGCGGGCCCUUGAAGUGUGUGAAGCUGGACCGACCGAGGUUUGAACGUGUUCUUGGCCCGUGCUCAGAUAUCCUCAAGCGAAACAUCCAGCAGUACAACAGUUUUGUGUCACUGUCUGUCUGAGAUUUGCCUCCUGUCCCUCCCCUUCUCCCCAAGCUGAGCUUCCUCUUGCAGACUGCUUUCUCCCUGUUGGCAGCGCCAAGUGGCCACUGGCAUUGCAGCUUCUUGUCUCUUUAUAUUAAAGUUGCUGUUACCGCACCAUUUUUAAUUUGGGGCAUUACCUGAAUGCUCAGACACAAAUAAAUAGAAAGACUUCUCUUGGAGAUUUUGCUGUUCCUGCUUCUCUGUGCAAUGUUAGUAAUAUCCAACCUGGGCCGUGAGUGCCAUGCUUUUUUGGUGAGGGGAGAUCCCAGCACCAAUUGAAUUAUCUUAGAGUAAUGACGUCACAGUGCAAGAUUUUUUUUUUUUUUUUGUUAAGUGACAUAAUUUUCCAGUUGUAAGCAUACUUAGACUGUGGCCAUAUGUGCUGUAUUUCUUUAUAGAAUAAAUGAUUUCUCAUUAAAUGCUGAGGAUUAAGAAAAAUGGUUAUAGAAAAAUCUUAGUCUAGUAGAAAAGAGGUUUGAUUGAAGGUAAAGUAGCUUAGGGACGGAGAAAUGCCCAUCUGGCUAGUUAUGAGAUGGGCGUGAUCGGUCAGGCUUCCUGUUAGCCAGUCAUUGCCUGGUUUGGUUUUACCUUGUUGUUAGUGUUUCCAGUUCGGAAAGCUUUUUCAGUGUGGCUGUGUAUGCCUGCCUUCCAGAAAGCACACCAAAUCAUCGACUGCUGAUGCAAGGCUGUGACUUAACUACGGCUGCCUCACUCAGAAAUUCUGAUCAGACGCUGAUUUACCUAGCUGGUGCCAAAUGCUGAUUAUCAGAUGCUGAGUUGGGAGUAGGGACUUGAGGUCUACACCUGGGUUUUUUAGCUUAGAGCUUCUUGUUAAAUUAUGGCCUUCAAUUCACUCCCUUGCGUGUUUAGUUAAAUUCUGAUUCCAGGAGAUGGAAUUGGUUCAAAGUAGAAACAGGUGAACAAACAUCCUGAAAAAGAUGGAGGUGAUGUUGCUAACGGGAGAAGCCAGGUGACAAAGUUCAGUGUCAGGAACUUUCUCCCAUUCAGUUUUCUGGGCCACAAAAUUUGGAUAGAAUUUUUGACUUGUUCUAACCUCUUCUCUCUGUGUCAGAAUUUCUGGUGCGCUGGGGUGUGGUAGAAGUGUGUCUGCCGCGUCAUGUUGGUCUUCAGGGCCGUCCUGCUGGCAGAGUCUGAGGUUGACCUGUCUGGUUGAUUCCUUUUUUUUUUUUCCUUUUUUAAACUAGAGUUUUGAGUCUUAACUGUGUUUCAGUAUUUUUCAGCCUUAUGUGUUACAUUAUUCCAAUGAUACUUAACACUGUAUUUUUUGUUAUUGUUAUUUUUUGAAACAAAAGUUUAGCAGCUCCAUAAAUAAUAGGCACUUUGUUUUCCUUGAGCUUUAUGUAGAAUUUAAAGGGUUACAUUAGGGAAGACUGCAAACUUGCUCUGGUUAGUAACCCCUCCCCCACUCUCUCCUAGGUGGUGUGAAUUGGUCAGUUUUUAUUUUUUUUUUCCCCGUAGAGUCGGAAAGCUUUUAGAGUGCUACUAAGUGCAGAGUAAAAUCUGGGAAAAAGGUUUUAUUUAGAUUUCAGUUUGAGAUAGAAAGCCACUGUGUUACAGAAUUUUUAAUUUCUAAGGUAAUCUACAUUGGGGAUUUUCUGAUUUGUACUUUGUGUUUAGCUGUCUUUUUAUAUUUGAAAAUUAAAAUCAAGUUCUGUUCUUAUUCACUUAAAGCUCAAUUUGAUAUUUGUUUAAAUGCCAAAAAUGUACUUAAAUGAAUUAUUUAGAAUGCCAUAUAAUUGCACAGUUUCAUAUAUGUAUAGAAUCAUGCCCAUGUAUAUUUAGAUACUUAUACUGCUUUCUAAAUGAGUUUAACUCUGAAAUCAUUUGGCUUGCUGUUUACUCCUUUUUGUAGUUUUAAGCUAAGACGUUUAAAGAUAAGUCUAAAUUUGAAAAUGAUCACAUUUAAAGCUUUAUCUUUGUGCAGUCGAAGUCUGUGUGAGACCUCCCUGUUGGCAUACUUUGGUAUUCAGGGUUUUAGAAGUCAUUGUUCUGGGCUUGGUGAGUGAAUUACAAGAUCUCCUGCUCUGGAAAGUAUCGAUGGCCAAAGGACCAUUUUGUAAUGUUUCCUGGUUACCAGUCUGACUAUACUGUGUGCUAAUAAGCUCUUCUGUUAUAGAUUUCCUAAUGGUAGGUCACAUAAUAAAAAGAUUAAAUGGUUUAAA